AUGUCGUACGCUCUUCCACGCACCGGUCCAGACUCUGGGCGGUCACGGUUCCAGUCCCAAGAUGCCUCUACUGCCAGCGCAGGUGUCGCCGAGAAAAUAGGAGGAAUCUUUGGUGAUAGGAGACCUUCAUUGCCAAUGUACAAAGACAAACCCUUCGCGAAUUCCUCUCGAAGACUGCCUUGGUUCAAAAGGAAACGCGUUCUCGCUGCCCUGCUGGUCGCCUUUACCACUUUCUUCUACUGGAUGGGCACGUUCGGUGGGUCAGCUCCCAAAGUUCUCAAGUCCAAGAAGCCUGCAAAUUGGGAAGAACGAAGGGACCAAGUGAGAGAUGCUUUCAAGCUGAGUUGGUCGGCAUAUGAACAACAUGGCUGGGGCUAUGACGAGUUCAAGCCCGUUUCACAGACAGGUCGUCACAUGGUCAAGGGUGGUAUGGGUUGGAUCAUAGUAGAUGCUCUCGACACCCUCAUGCUCAUGAACCUCACCACCGAACUCUCGCACGCUAGAGAUUGGGUUUCGACUGCUCUCAACUACGAUAUCGACCAUGAUGUAAACACCUUUGAGACAACCAUUCGCAUGCUCGGAGGUCUAUUAUCUGCUCAUUAUCUAUCCACCACCUUUCCCGACUACGCUCCUUUGACAAGCCACUCCGCUACUGGUGCUUCCAUUAGCGAAGACCUGUAUUUGGAAAAGGCUGCUGAUCUGGCCGAUCGCCUACUUGGCGCAUAUGACUCGAACUCUGGUGUUCCUUACGCCAGCGUCAAUCUUCACACUGCAAAGGGCAUUCCUUCUCACGAUGAUGGAGGCGCUUCUUCAACUGCUGAAGCCACCAGUCUCCAACUCGAGAUGAAGUACCUGGCCAAGCUAACUGGUGAGGUGCAUUACUGGGAAAAGGCCGAGAAGGUCAUGCAAGUCGUCGACGACAAUGGCAUGGAAGACGGUCUUCUGCCCAUCUUCAUCUACGCCCAAACCGGAAACUUCAGAGGCAACAACAUCAGGCUGGGCAGUCGUGGUGACUCUUACUACGAAUACCUCAUCAAGCAAUAUCUACAGACCUCAAAGCAAGAACCUAUUUACCAGGAAAUGUGGGACCAGUCUCUGGCUGGUAUCCAAAAGCAUCUUAUAACCUACUCUCGAGAGGCUAACCUCACUAUUCUUGGUGAACGACCCCAAGGCCUUGACCACCCGAUAUCGCCUAAGAUGGAUCACCUGGUAUGUUUCAUGCCAGGUACUAUCGCUCUGGGAGCAACUCAAGGUCAGACUCUCGACGAGGCAAGAAAGUCUACAACAUGGGGCAAAAAACAGGAGAGCGAGAUCGAGCUAGCUAAACAGCUCAUGAAGACUUGCUGGGCCACGUACAAGGUCACUGCCACUGGUCUUGCUCCAGAAAUCACCCACUUCGAAAUGCACGAUCCUCCUGCCAUGAUGCCUGAUGGCAUCCUUCAAUCACCAGACACGCUGUCUGACGACCAUGAAGCCGAGUGGAAAAAAGACUUGAUCAUCAAAGGCGCCGACUCGCACAACUUGCAGCGUCCUGAGACGGUCGAGAGUCUGUUUUACAUGUGGCGCAUCACUGGGGACGACAUCUACAGAGAAUGGGGUUGGGAGAUGUUUGAGUCGUUCGUCAAGCACACUGCCGUUGAUCACAAUGGCGGCUACACGAGUAUUAACGAUGUCACUUCUGUUCCUACCACUGCAAGAGACAACAUGGAGAGUUUCUGGCUUGCAGAGACGUUGAAGUACUUCUAUCUUCUGUUCGGACCCAACGAUGUCUUGCCACUAGACAAAGUUGUCUUCAACACUGAAGCUCAUGCUUUCCCUACCUUUGAACUGGGCAAACUUUUCAAGACUGGAUGGAAGCGCAAGCCUAGAGAUUCCAAUGGACAGAUCGUCGAAACAGCUGCUCCUCGCGAUGCCAUCACUGGUGAUGUAAAGAAAGAAGCACCGGCUGCUGCUCCAGGUAUCAAAACAGUGACAGUAGAGGGUGCUAAGACAUUGGCAGUCGAACAGCCGGUCAAGGUAGAAGAAGCAUAG